UUCUUCUUUCACGGUUUGUCUGAAACUACGAAAUAUUUCAGGAAAGUGGAAAUAGUGAUACGAACGGAUUCCGACUGGUCCAUUUACAAGUGAGCAUAAUGGAAUUCGUUCUUGAGGAAGGCAAAACUCUCCCAGGGGAUUCUUCUUCUCUGAUUCUGCCUGCUUUAUCGAUCGGAAAUGUCGGUCAGCUAGCGGUUGAUUUGCUUAUAUCUUCUACUAGAGCUGCGAGAAUAGGGUAUUUGGACGACCCUAAUGUUCUUCCCUGCGUGGGUAAUGAUCCUUACUCGCCUGAUUCGCCAGGGCUGCUUACUCUCCCUCUGGAAGCUUAUACUACAUCAUCAAAUGCAUUGACCCUUGUACAACAGAGAUCUCCUAUAAAAAAGGGCAUGAUGGUAGAAUUUUCGAAGAAUCUGGCUGAUUUUGCUGUUGCUACUGGAAAGAAACACGUGGUAGUGCUCUCUAGUUUAGAUUUUGUGAGGUGGCAAAAAGUUGACAUGUCAAGUGGGUUGCAGAUAUAUUACCUUUCAAGUGCAAGUGAGGAUGGAAGAGAUGAGGAAUGUGAAAGACGUGGGUGGAAAAGGCUGAUUGAAUAUAGUCCAGAUGGGAAAGGGUGGAAAUACUUGAGGAGCAUAGCAGCGGAGAAGGGUGGCGUGGAUUCACUUGAUGAGGAUGAGAUGGAAGAGGAAGAUUAUUACUACCCAAGUUUGCCUUUUGCUGCCUUAUUUUCUUGCUUAAAGGCAAAAGGCGUGAAGGUGAGUUGCUUAAUGUGUUAUUGCUCGGAAGGGGACAAUAUACAGGAGGCUUUUCAAUUAGCUGAGGCAGCUUGUAGCCUUAUGGGUGUCAAUCCAGAUUCUUCUGGAUCGUCUGAUGAUGCAGUUGAAGGCGAAAAAUGGGUGAUUCCGCAUUCAUGGAAGACUGUGUAUGGACCACCCCCUGAUAUGUCUAUGUUCUAAGAUGUUUUUGUAGUAGCACUUACACUAAUUUCUCUUUAAUCUCCCCCCUCCCCCCCAAAAGGUCAGUAGUCAUAAAGAAAGAAAGAAAGAUGUUUCUUUAAUAUCUUUUGCUGAUUGAUUUGAUUAUUGUAAUGCAUUUGCAUUU